AUGGGAAAUUCAGGAAUAAGAAAGUUAUGGUUUCUAGAUUCUCCUGUUGAAACUCCAUUUAAAUCCAUACACGAAAUCAAUGUCAUCGAUAUUAAUAAGUCUGAAGAAUCACUCUCUCAAUAUAAGGGUCAAAAAGUAGUCAUAGUUAAUGUUGCAAUCGACUCUCCUGAAUUGAAUGAUCAAUUGAAUUAUUUGAAAUCUCUACCGUAUUAAGUGCUCCUCUUUCCUAAAUGCGAUCACAAAUUCACAUAUUAGCAGAUUGCUGACAAAUUACAAGGAUUCAAAGUCUAUUAGAAAGUGGAAUUGAAUGGUUUUUAUACCCAUCCAUUAUACAAAUUUCUCAAGAGACAAAUCCCUCAAUUAUAUGAUGAGAAGUUGGCUAAUGGACGACAAAUCAAAUAGGACUUCUGCAAAUUCUUGAUUUCAGAAGAAGGCCAACCAAUUAAAAAUUAUGAAUUAUUUAUGUAUAGACAUUUAUAUCGAAAUCCGACCAUCUUAUCUAAAAUCCUUAUUAAAGAGUACACCAACCUCAAAAGCGAAGAGCUAGCCUUCCGAUAUGCAGCACUAGCUAAAUUGCGCACUCAAGAAUUAGAUUUUGAGGCUCUCCAUCAAUUGGAUCCAAUCGAACAUUGGGAUAUUAGUAAAAUGUCUUUAUUACCACAAAUCUUUACCUUACUCGCCAAUCUUCACAGAUCCACCCGUUCUGAUUGCUUGAUUCAGUAUCCACAAAUAGAAGCAGUCAAUCGCAUCACAGCACUCUUAGAUCCAAAUAUGUUUCCCGUUUAAGAUCUGUCUUUGAAAUUACACACAUCCGACAGUGUGACCAUUUGGGACAAGCCAAAGACUCAAAGAGUGACUCAAAAUUUGGGAUUCAAACUCAAUCUAAGAGAGAGCACUAUUGAUCAUUCCGAUGCAGGGGAAGGAGUCUUCUUGGAGACAUUACCAGCAAAUAAAAGGCUUGUUCCUGCAGGCACCCUAUUAGGCUUCGUACCAGGCUUGAUCUAUGACAACUAUAAAUCAUAUAGUGAGAAGACCCCUCCAGACAUGCAUUUCUUCAGAUUUGAUGGGCCAAUCUUUGAUUUUACAUCCAGAAUCUACUAUCCUUACGUGCCAGGCUAUGGUUUUGAUGAAUACGAAUAAAAAAUAUCAGAUAUAAAAGAAUUAGCUGAUCGAUCUAGCAGAUCUUAUAGAAAUAAAUCAAAAGGGGGUUAUGAAUUAGUAAAAGGAGAGGACAUAAAUCCUUAUGCUCUAGGUCAUAAAAUCAACCAUACUCCAAGGAAUAAAUCAACUAAUGUAAGUUUGAUUGAUAUAUUUGUUCCUCAAACAUUCUUUCCUGAAGAGUUAAUGAAAUUUUGGCCGACUCAAUAUUUUUCAACCACUCAAGAUUUUUUAUAAACAAAGUCUUCCCUUGAUCAACAUUACAAAAAUCACAUUAGAGGCCUCGGAUUCAUAAGCGUCACUGAGAUUAGAGACGGCGAAGAAUUAUUUUUAGAUUAUUUAGAAUCUUGUCUUUUCAACAUGGAAAUUGAGUCGCCUGAUUGGUUGAUUAAACCACCUCCCAUGCAUCCUCAAAUUUGCAAAUGUAAUAUGAGAUAGGAGAGUUUACUGAUGAUGCUUUUGGAGGAUUAUGCUUUUUCAAAAACAAAGGACGGAUAAAACUUUGACAAAUUCUAUAAGAGUGUUUUAAGAGAAAACCACUAAUAUUUAUGA